CGAUACGCAGGCGCAGAAGAGCCUACCGACGCAGCGGCAGACAUAUUUGUAUCGGCUUGUAAAAACCACUCGGGGUGGAAAGCACAGAUAGGGAGAGAGGCUAAAAUGGCCAGUCAGGAGGAUCCUGUGCAGAGAGAGAUUCACCAGGAUUGGGCCAACCGGGAGUACAUCGAGGUGAUCACCAGCAGCAUCAAGAAAAUCGCCGACUUCUUGAACUCAUUUGAUAUGUCUUGUCGCUCACGACUGGCAACCCUAAAUGAAAAGCUGACUGCAUUAGAAAGAAGAAUUGAGUAUAUAGAAGCAAGGGUGACCAAAGGUGAGACCCUCACAUAGAGAAAUGCACCAUUCCACAAGUGUUCCGUGCUUGCUUUUUAUAAAUAAAUACUCUAUGGACCUUUCCCCGGCCUGAAACUGUAAGCGGCUCUCCUCUUCGUCACUUUGCUGCCUUUACAGAGACAACACGAGUUUUCCCAAAACCUUUUCUUAACGAGUUUUGCUUGUUCAUUCCUCAGUUUCCUUAUUUCGUGACAUUCGGCCUGAACUGCUGUACAGCUUGUGCUCUUGCUAUGUACAAACCUACUCACAGCUCACUAACUACAUGCAUUUUGUAAUAUGUGCAGAGAUGGACUGUAACGUGCCAAUUAUGUAACGUGGUUGUUUGGUUUCCUUAUUCUUUGUAUCGGUGUUUCAAUAGGUUUUAUUUCUCUUACAAAUAAAAUGCUGAACUUUUAUUCUGGAA